ACAAUUAUUCUCAGCUAACCUGUCUGUUUUUAUAUGAGCGAAUAGGUUUUCUCCAUUCCAAAUCCUCAUCAAUAUAAUAAGUCAUAACUAAUAUUAGGUUCAUUUUGGGGACGUUAGCAGUAAAGAGAGCUUUUAAGCGUGUUUUGUCGGUGUACAGUUUAGUCGGUAUUCCCACAGCGUGACGGUGUUCACCACCUUUCUAAAGGAUGGUGUUAGGUGUUCCCACUUCCAGCGAAUACAACCCUCCGUCUCCAAUGAAGGGAAACAGGAAACGCGGGGUUUCCGCCACCGCCGCGCUGCCGUAGCGGCGGGUGUGUGCUGCCCUCGAGCCCGCAGUAGUUGUGUCGGAGCGGACGGGCCCUCCCUCUUUCUGCCCGCUGCUGGCUCCAGUAGGCUGGUCCGCCUGGAGGGAGCACCGGCACUGGCUGCGACGAGGGCGGAGCUGGAGGCCUGGGCUGUCACACACACAAAAAAAAAAAAAAAAGAUUGUUUCAUUUCAAAGGAGCUCGCCACAAAAACGUUUACUGCUGUCUGAAUCCGCACGGCUUAUUUUUUUGUGUUAGUUGGGAGUUUUUUUUUUUUCAAACCCGCGACGACAGAAGCGCCUCUUCGGGCCGACUGGAGGAGGAAGCAGGAUGCCGGUGAAAGGCGGAGGAAGACUGGCCUCUUACCCGAGCAAGGGCGACAAUGUCGGAACCUCAGGGAUGGAAGAGAUGGUCUGGGAGCAGUACACAGUCAAUCUGCAGCGGGACUCUAAGAUGGGAUUCGGCAUUGCAGUGUCAGGCGGGCGCGACAACCCCAACGUGGACAACGGCGAGACAUCCAUCAUCGUGUCCGACGUGCUGCAGGGAGGACCAGCAGAUGGAUUUCUCUUUGAGAAUGAUCGUGUCAUUCAGGUCAACUCCAUCCCCAUGGACAAUGUGCCUCAUUCCUUUGCCGUGCAGUCGCUCCGUAAAUGUGGUAAAGUGGCUAAAAUAACGGUGAAGAGACCUCGCAAGGUGGCGGUCCACUCAAUGACGCAGCCCCCCUCCCCAGGCGGAGACAGUCGGGUGUACACCCCCUCCAACUACUACUACGACGCCGACAAUGACAACGGCUGGUACCGUGAAGAGAGCCGGGAACACGCCUCGGACAGCAAAGCAUACCUGGACCCGGACUACAGGGGAGGGCGGGACUCAAACCAGAGAGGGAGGAGCCGCGGGAGGAGCCAGGAGAGGACCUCUCCCAGCCCAGACCGAUCCAGGAGGGAGGGCAGCCGGGGGCGAGCCCUGGACACCAGCGCCGACCGCCAGCAGUACAACAGUCGAGGGCGCAGCCCCGGGGAAAGCUACCGCACGGACGACAAGUACGAGCGAGGAGAAGGGGGAGGAGGAAAAGGAGGGAGGUACAAGAGCAGGGACCAGCUCAAUGACAACCCUCCAUCCCCAGAACCCUCCAGAGAGCUGGAGCCACUGGAGAAACCGGUCAAUGUCCUGCUGGUGAAGAACAGACCCAGCGAAGAGUACGGUCUUCGUCUGGGGAGUCAGAUCUUCAUCAAACAGAUGACCAGCACAGGCCUGGCUGCCAAGGACGGGAACCUGCAGGAGGGAGACAUCAUCCUCAAGAUCAAUGGGACGGUGACGGAGAACCUCUCUCUGCACGAUGCCGGGAAGUUGAUAGAGAAGUCGCGGGGGAAGCUGCAGCUGGUGGUCCAGAGAGACCGGCGUCAGAUCCUGGUCCGCAUCCCCCCCCUCGCAGACUCCGACUCUGAUAAUGAUGACAUAUCAGAGAUGGAGUCAUACCAUUCCUACUCUCCCCAAGAGGAGAGGAGGUCCCGCCAGUCUGACCUGUCCUCCCACUCCUCUAACGAAAGAGACAACCCCAGGGAGGAGCCCAUGAGGACAGCCAAGAUGUCAGCCAUGGCCUCCCCAUUCAGAGUGCCUGAAGACCCCCAGGCCUCAGCUGAGCUUAGCAAAGACACACCGCACAUUGAGGAGCCUCCAGCUGCUGUAACAACCACACCCAAGAUUCUCCUCCGACCAAGCCCUGAAGAUGAAAAAAUAUAUGGGCCGAACACAGUGAUGGUGAAUUUCCAGAAGGGGGACAGCGUUGGGCUAAGGCUGGCGGGAGGAAACGAUGCCGGCAUCUUCAUCGCCAGCGUUCAAGAGGGCAGUCCUGCUGAGGAAGAGGGUCUGCGCAUUGGAGAUCAAAUCCUAAAGGUGAACAAUGUGGACUUUCAAGGUGUAGUGAGAGAGGAAGCAGUGCUCUUCCUGUUGGAGAUCCCUAAAGGGGAAGUGGUCACCAUCCUGGCACAGAGCAAACCUGAUGUCUACAAUGACAUCUUGGUGUCCGGGCGUGGAGACUCCUUUUUCAUCCGGACCCACUUUGAGUACGAGAAGGAGACCCCUCAGAGCCUGGCCUUCAGCCGGGGGGACAUCUUCAAGGUGGUGGACACCCUCUACGAUGGCAAGCUCGGCAACUGGCUGGCAAUCCGUGUUGGCAAGGACAAGCAGCUGCUGGAGAAGGGCAUCAUCCCCAACAAGAGCAGAGCGGAGCAGAUGGCCAGUGUCCAGAGCUCCCAUAAAGCUGUCGCGGGCGAUCGAGCGGACUUCUGGCGGUUGCGAGGCCAACGUUCUUUGAAGAGGAAGGACCUGAGGAAGAGCAGAGAAAACCUGAGCAGUCAGACACUGGCCACCCGCUUCCCAGCGUAUGAGCGAGUGGUGCUCCGAGAAGCUGGUUUCCGGCGUCCCGUGGUGCUGUUCGGCCCCAUCGCUGAUGCUGCCAACGAGAAACUUGCCUCUGAAUUGCCCGACCUGUUUGUUGUUGCCAAAACCGAACCGAAAGACGCCGGAUCUGAGAAGUCCUCGGGAGUGGUUCGCCUGAACACCAUCCGACAAAUCAUUGAGCAGGACAAGCACGCUCUGCUGGACGUGACGCCCAAGGCGGUGGACACCCUGAACUACACCCAGUGGUACCCCAUUGUCAUCUUCUUCAACCCAGACAGCAAGCACGGCAUCAAGGCCAUGAGACAGAGGAUCGUCCCCAACUCCAACCGCAGCGCCCGCAAACUCUACGAACAGGCCGUCAAACUGAGGAAGACCUGCUCACACUUAUUCACUGCCACCGUUGAUCUGAACUCUGCCAACGACGCCUGGUACGGUGGCGUCAAAGACUCUAUCAGAGAGCAGCAGAUGCAGGCUGUGUGGGUUUCUGACGGCAAGCUGGAGGGAGUAGAGAGUGAUCUGGACUGCCAGGACGUGGAGCGCCUGUCCUUCCUGUCCGCCAUGUCCGCAGACUACCUCAGCAUGGACAGCCGGCUGACCUCCGACCUCGAUGACACAGCCGACGAGGGCGGGGCCUACACCGACAACGAGCCUGACGCGGAGAUGGUUCACAUCUCCGCCAUCAGCCGCUCAUCAGAGCCCGUCACGGCCGAGGAGAUCUUGCGCAGGUACAGUCCAGACAUUAGGAGUCGCAUGAGGAAAAUCAGCAGCCGUGAAGUCCUCAACAGGUCCAGCUCUCCACCUGUCUUCUUAGCAGACAGCAAGGUCAAGCUGUCUCUGAGGGACGAUCCGGGCUCCGCCAACCCGCACCAUCACCACCGUCAACACCACCCCCGCCCCCAAGCUCCAGCCGGAGUUACGACUCCCCCCAGCAGCAGCCCCGCCAGCAGCAACAACGACCCUCCUCCCCUCAUCUCCCGUUCUUCCGCCGCCUCAUCGGCCCCGCCGCCCCUGCCUCCGGCUCACCACAAACUGUGGCCCCCGGGAGUGCCCCAACCCCCCGCCGCGCCAAAGCCUGGCGGUUGUGGGACCAUGGCGGAGACUGCAGUUCGCUCGCCUGCGGCCCCGCCCGGAGCAACCGUGGCGGCCUGUAAGCAGCAGGGGGAGGCGGCGAGGGACAACCCCGUGGAGGAUCCGUCCUUGAGGUCCUUCCUGGGGAAGAUCAAGGCCUUCGAGAAGAUGGACCACUUCGCCCGAGCCCAGAGGUUGCUCGAACUGCAGGAGGCGCAGAACGCCAGGCUGGAAAUUGCUCAGAGGCACCCGGACAUCUACGCUGUUCCUCUGAAGACAGCCAAGCUGGAUCACAGUCGCCCGCAGCCUAUCGGCUCCAGCUCCCGUCCUGAACCCCAGGCUCCUCCGCCCUCCAACGAGGGACGUCCCUUCUACCCCAGCGAAGAGGAGGCGGAGGAGGAGGAGGCAGUGCCGGGAUACUACACCGCCAACUCCUUCCAGUACCAGGACACCCAGCUGUAGGGGUCGGCACACGAGAGCUGUGCCGGCCCUUGGCCUCCUGGACGUACAUGUACACAUGCACUGCGUAUGCAGUCUAUUUACACACAUGCCAUUCCAUCAUGCCCUGCACAAGUAAGCUGCUGACUUUGAACUGACUCUCGCUUCUUUGAUAUUAAGGAGGGGGGAAAAAAACAAACUUUUAUUUUUGCUUCAUGGAAGUUAAAGCAAUCUGUCCGAUCCAUUUGGAUAGGCACACACUGUCUUCACUUUAUUUUUUUCUGGUGUAUUUGAUUGUUUCUUUCUUACGUACCACUUUUGAUGGUCCAGACUGUGUGAUUAUGAACCACUUGUUUUUCUUGCCUAUGCAACUCUUCAGUUCGUGCACAGCAACUGAAACUUAUUGCCACGAGUUUUGCCCUCACAAAAACCUCAACAAACCUAAAAACCACAAUGCGCUUUAUCACAUCCACCCCCUUCUUUUUUAAGCUCCUAUAUUGACAGCUACGAUCAACAAAUGUUACGUAUAUAUUAUUACAUACAGCGUAUAUAUAUAUAUAGAGAAAAUGUAUUUAAAGUCAAGUGUUUAUACUCUGUCUUUGCAUUCCUUCGUAUAUGACAAUGCCUGUGUAUACAUACAGUAUAUAUAUACAUAUAUAUAUCUAUAUAUAGUCUAUCUAGUAACACUGGAAAUUUGUUACAAUUUUUUGAAGUGCCUUUUAUUUUCUUAGUCCCAUGAGGUUCGGGUUGUCUCUCCUCCGCCCCUCAGCCACCCAGCCGUAAUAAAACCUCUGCUGCUGUCAAGCUUAAAGGGAAACCAGGGAACCAGUGACACCAAAAUCUCAAUGCUGUCCCCAAACACUGUACUGUCCCCUGUCACCCUCGGUGACAAAUUACACCCACAAAGAAAAUACAUACCCUGCAGCCAGUCCUAUCAGCCAUGUGUGAGAGAGAACAAACACUGACUGACCUCUAAGAAUCCAAUCAAGAACAAUAUUAGUCCAAAACCAGUAGCAACAGAAAUUGAGAUAAUUUGAGGAGGUGAAAGUUGUAAUUGGUAAAGGCCUGGUCACGCCAGCAUAAAAAAAGCCAAAUUCUGUUGCAAAAUCAAUUACUUUUAUUGGAAUCUCGGUGGACUAGCUUGCGGGUGGCAAAGUCAAUCUGCCCAAAUCUUUGGCGUGAAGUUCCAUUUUGGUUGAAAUUUGACCCGGAUCAUUAACCAAUAGCGAAUUGCCCAUUCAGAGACAGAGUCAAGAAAAAAAAAGAAGCUAGCUCAUCAAAUUUGCCGUGCUAUUCUCUGGCGUGUCUGGGCCUUCAGAUUUAUUUUUCUUAUUGUUGCCGUCUUUGGUACUCAGCAUUCGUUGCUGUGCCGUUCUUGCACUGUACCUCUCAGCCAUAAAUGAUGUUCCAGUCUAAAAUGUGUGACCAGCGGUGUGGAGACCUCUGCCUCAGAAUGUUUUGUGGGUUAAGUUUCGGCAGUUGGUGACCUCUUCUGUCUGUUCAGCCAUGCUGACAACCCUGUUACAUGAUAAGGUUGGUGAUAUUCUAUAUUCUUCUUAUUGUUAGCAAAUCCCAUGUGCAGACCCCUACCAGCAAUGAAUGUAUCUACUAACAAGUAUUGUGCAACUAUCCAAAAACUGACAUAUCUUAUUCCUCUGUGCCAUAGAGAUCCCUUGCUGUUCAAAACGGUUAGAGACUAGCAACCAACAACAAAGGCGGAUUCAUCCGCUGUUGAAGAUAGUCCCCAACAAAUGCACUAUUUCCUCCUGUUUGAGUAACAUUUUUUAAAAACUAAAGUUUUUGCCGAAACCCACCUUUUUUUAAACUAUAGAGAGCUAUAUGAGCCUUUCUUGUUAAAAAUAAGUUUGUCUUCAGUAGGAGCCAGAAAGUAUUGAGAGAUAUAGUAACCCAGUGUUGAUUUGAUCAUUAUUUGACAAUAAGAAGAAUAUAGAAUAUAACAGCCUUAUCUUUUCAAAGCUGUGUACCAUUUCAGAUUCCUAUGAAGACUGAAUAAGAGGAGCAGGGUUAGUCCUCUGAAGGUUUGGCUGGAUGAACUUGCUAGGGGGCCAUUGGUCAUUGUGCCUGGAUCUUGACACAUCACCCCUUCUUCUUCAAACUCAUGAAACUCUCACGCUUGGUCAGUAGCCUUGCGCUUCAAACUAUGACGCUUUACAUACCCCACUAGUGUCAGUUUUGGACGCAUCAGGGAAUGGCGUGUCAAACCACACUCGUUACAAGCAUAAGCUGUCCUUCAAUAUAAACUACCAACAUAGUGUUACUUAGAUUUAAGGUUGGUUAGGUUUAGGCAACAAAAGCCCUUGGCGAAGCUUAGGAAAAAAUUGUGGUUUGUGUUAAAAUAAGUAUGUUUGUUACGUAACUUGUGUACACAGCAUUAGUUAAGUUAUCUUACAAAAUAAGGUAAAAUAAGCCAACAUUGACUUGGUUUCCCAUGUGACACAAACAUCGUACUCAUGGGUGAAAGUCAGAGUUUGUUUGACCCAUUCAUCUACCCCGACUUCCUUCCUUUUCUUGCUCUUACUACUAAGUAAGUUGCUCUGAUUGUCUAAUAAUGCCGUGGAUUAUUGGUUUACAUUGGAACUAGUUGAAAGCCUGGUGCCUCUCAUACAGACGCUAAAGGGUGCCACGGUGCGUCACUGUCAGACGCCAAAGGGUCACUGACCAGGCGACAGUAUAUGACGAUUUGGGAGUGAGAACAGAUUUCUCUCCACGGACUCAAGAUCAAUAAAGCAGGACACCACUUGAAAGCCCUCAUCAUUUCAUUUGAUUACGUGGUAGAUAUUACCAAACCAAUUUUCCAAUGAGAUAAGCUCAAGUUGACAUGGUAAGCUUUACAAUCCAGCCUUGCCUGAGUGACUCUUUUGUGGACUUUGUCCUUUCAAGGAGAAGGGCCCUGAAUUGAGACACAUCUUCUGUUAUUAUACCAAGCAAACUGCAGACAAUAAAACACGUGACUUGCUUCAUGCCAGCAGACAUUUCCCCACACAAACCUAGAAGACAGGGAAAAAAGCAGAAGCAAAAUAUUUUAUGAGCUGGCUGGGUAUAAGGUAUCAAGUACCUUUAAGGUUCCUUUAAGGUAUCAAAUACCUUUAAGGUUCCUUUUAAGGUAUCAAGUACCUUUAAGGUUCCUUUUAAGGUAUCAAGUACCUUUACGGGUUCCAUUUAAGGUAUCAAGUACCUUUAAGGUACCAAAAUAACCCAGUACCAAGUAGUAUUGAAACUUUUUUCAUUCAUAUGAUACCUGCAUUUGAUCCUUUUAAUAGGUACAGAAAGAAAUGACUUGCCAAUCACCACAAGUGUUCCUCGAUUUAAUGGGACGUAUGAUUGGCCCACUACCGCAGUAGCUACAACCCAUACAGUCUGUGAUGUGGUGAAGUCGAGCGUGCUGAGAUGCCACCAAAAUGUUCAAAGCUAUACAACGUACGAGGUGGUGGUGGCAUUUUGCACAACUGAAUGCUUCCGUUCGCAUGGUAGGUAUCAAAUGAAGCCCUAGACUGGUGUUGGUUCAUGUUAAGGGUACUGAUAAUUAGUAUGGGUAUCGUCAUUUUCUUAAACGAUACCCAGCCCCAUGAAUAGUUGGGGUGUGUGUGUUCUGCCCUGGUCUCAUUGGUCUUGGGCUCCACCAUCAGUGUGAAUGAACGGUGUCCCACAUGUUUCAAAUAUGCUUGAUUGUACAUCUCAGUUCUCUGUUUACCUCCACAAAUGAGCUACUAAGUGCUUACCGUCAUAAUCCAAGUGCUGAUGAGCGACGUCCCCUCACAACGGACUCAUGGAGUACACUGUAAUGUGUGAUGGCAGAGGGUUACAUUACAAAUGAGACGGAGAGAAUGAGAAGAAUGACUGGACUGUGUCUGCUGAGUUUUUUUUUUUCCAUGUUUUCACCUUAAAACACCA